CUCCGCCUGCCCAUUGUCCCUGAGGCCUGACAGCUGCAUUCUCCCCUCCCCUCCCAUGCACCGCCUAUAGAACGCAUGCUGUUCCUGCAUCGCAGCAGGUUCCCUUCCCGAUAGCAUGUCUUCCGCUCGCUAUGCCCCCUCCACCGCCCAUUCGAUGCCCCAGCAGGCCGCAUACCGCGCUCCCGCCCCUGUCGCUGUCUCCAAUGCCCCACCGGGCACCUUUGUGCCGGGGACAAAGGUCCAGGUGGGCAGCCACCGCGUAGUCAUCGAGAAGUACCUUUCGGAGGGUGGCUUCGCCCAUGUCUACCUGGUCCGCGUACCGAAGACCGAUGGGCACACGCCAGAGACUGCCGUCUUGAAGCGGGUGGCCUGCGCAGAUAAGGAGGCGCUGGCUAACAUGCGGACGGAGGUAGAGACCAUGAAGAAGCUGAAGGGGCACCACAAGAUCGUCACCUACUUCGACUCGCACGCCUCGCAGUUGAAGGGUGAGGGCUAUGAAGUCUUCCUGCUGAUGGAGUUCUGCUCUGGCGGAGGACUGAUCGACUUUAUGAACACUCGACUACAGCACCGCCUCACCGAGCCUGAGAUUUUGCACAUCUUCUCUGAUGUUGCUGAGGGUGUCGCGACGAUGCAUUACCUCAAGCCGCCGCUGCUCCACCGAGAUCUCAAAGUCGAGAAUGUCCUCAUUACGAAGGCCGGAGGGAACACAAUUUACAAGCUGUGCGAUUUUGGCUCUACUGCGCCGCCGCGCCCUGCUGCUACUACAGCUGCAGAGGGGAGGCUGAUCGAGGACGACGUCCAACGGCACACGACCCUGCAAUACCGAAGUCCAGAAAUGAUCGACGUGUAUAGGAAGCAGCCAAUCGACGAGAAGAGUGACAUCUGGGCACUGGGAGUAUUGCUGUACAAGCUGUGCUACUACACGACACCGUUCGAAGAAGUUGGGCAGAUGGCUAUCUUGAACGCAAGCUUCAAGUACCCACACUACCCCCCGUUCUCGGACAGGAUCAAGGCGCUGAUAGGAUGGAUGUUGCGCGAAAGCCCUCAGCAGCGUCCCAACAUCUAUCAAGUAGUGGCUGAGACGUGCGCCAUGCGCCAUCGAGCAUGUCCAAUCAAGGAUAUCUACUCUGGUCGGACACAAUCCGAGGCUCGCCGAAAUCAGCAGCUGCCAGCAGCAGAACCCCAAAUAUCCUCACCGCCGGCGGUGAUUGGAAUCCAGAAAGUCGCACCAGUACAGAAGGUGCAGCACAUCCCGGAUAUCACCCCGAUGAGAAGAGGACGGCCUACUGGCCCUGCACAGGCGCCUCCAGGCGCAAAGCCUAGUGCUUCUCCGAUGAGAGGCACGACUUCAGACCCCUUCGCGGCCCUGGACAGCCAGGACGUUCAAGUUCGACGUGCGGCUGCGGACGAGCUUGCCUCGCGCUUCCCAUCUCUAGAUGAAUUUUCUUUGCUUCACGACCGUGGUCAGAAGUUCGAGUUCAGUCAGCCUUCGCCAUCCAGCGCACCGCUGAACAAGCGUGUCACUGAAGCGCUUGCUGACGACGCAUUCGCUCUGCCACCUGCUUCCAAGGUUGAUUCAGCACCUAGAACCAAGCCAAUUUCUAAGGUGCCUUCAACUACUGUUUCAAGAACAGCAUCCAUCAAAAAGCCAAAGCCUCACGAGGCUAGCGAGAGCCCUCGGACAUCGAGCUCGGCGAUACAACAGCCAGUACCUCAGCACAGCAAGAUGAUUUCCACUGGCGUCCAAACCUCACCUGCGCCGUCGCCAGGACCUUCACCGUACCCAGAUGUCACCAAGCGUCCAAUCUGGAAAGUCCCGUUGUCCGGCCACCACAACCGGACACAAAGUCAGCCACGAACGUUCGAGAAGGCACAAGGCAGUCCAUCGCUUAGGCCUUCCGAGUUUGCAUUGCCUGUCAGGCCCUCCCUUGAUUCUCGGUCAAGAUCUCACAUGUCCAACCUAAGCAUUCCCAAAUCUCCUGCAUCCUCUCGACCAUCACUGGAGGGCUCCCGUCCCUCCCAGCUGGACAUUGGAAGCACGAUUGAUCGCGCCAGAUCUGCAAACUCGAAUGCUAGACCAGCAAGCAUGCACGUAGAGUCGAACCUCGACUUCCUCCGAGAGCGAGAAUCGGCGCCAGGUCGCAACUUUGAUGCGCCUUCACUGAUACGCCGCACCACUUCCAGUGCCAUUGAUGACUCUGAUUCGGAGACCAGAAACGUCAGGUCCAGCGUGGACUUCCUUCGUCAGAUCGAGGGGGACCCUGACCAGAAACACAAGCAUCGCCGUAGCAGCUCGCAGUCCAAGCAUACUCGGCUUGGAAGCCUGUCAUCGAUCACAAGCAACACGAAAAACAUCGUGAAAGGUAGAUUCGGCGACGCGUUCCGUCGAUUCGAGACCAACAACAAGACACCUGAGCAGGAACGCGCAGAACCAGUCAUAGCACCGCUCGAACAACACCACGAGUACCCGUCCAACCAUCGUGAUCUUACGCCCAUCGCUGGCUCUGUUGCUUCGCUGGCCCCCACCGAGGAUGACAGGGGACCCAUUGACGAGACGCAAGAUCUGCCGCCCGAGGUGCGUAGGGAGCUCGAAAGGCGCAAGCUUAGCGAAGAAGAGCGACGGGUGGAAGCUGCUGCCGCCGAGUACAAGCAACGCAUCGCAUCACAAGCACAAGGCAAACCCAGGGCACCUUCGAAGGCUUCCACGAUACAGAACCGUGUCAAAAAUCUACUCGAUGAGAGCAGCAAGCCGGCUCAAGUCAAUCGCACUGCUGCCGGGUAUGGCAAGUACACGGACACUGGAAAGCCGCUGCCUAACAGGCCGGAAGAACAGAGUGGCAUGCGCCCGCCACCUAUCGCGCGCAAGCCAGUCAAUGUUGCGGCGCAGCAAGAUCUCACAUAUGCCAAACCGUCGGGUCGUCCGAACCUGCCACCGCCAGUGCCAUCAUCCUCCGCACCGCCGGUGAUCAGUCUGCGCGCGCCAUCUGGACCUCCACCUCGUGCGCCCAAGCCAAAAGCUCUGCAGACAGGAGGAUCGGCGAACCCUCCAUCUACCCAGAACUCGCCCACCAAGCCUGCUUCGAUACGAAGUGUCAAUGUGAGAGAUAAGCCGCUUCCAGCCGUUGCAGGUGAUGCUGCAGGUAGAGAUGAAUGGGAUGUCGAUGCGUUUAGCAAGCGCUAUCCGAGUUUGAGCGGGCUGGAGAUGGUUGAGACGGAGAUCCCAAAACGCAAUGUAAGGGACGUUUGAGAUGUCUUGAAGACGACAGUUUUGUAUAGAUUUCAUUGCUUAUUAGCGAUCUGUUACAUGAUCAUUGGACAUCAAGGUCGCGGGCAGUAGUCGUUUGUACGCUUAAGCAGGCGCUCUAUUGCGUCUAGCAAACACACCGUUUGCACAACCGCUAUAGACAUAGACACCAUGUUCAAACCCUUUCCAAGCAUCA